GGGAGUCGGCGCAAGAUGGCGGCGGGAGGGGCCCGGGCUGCAGCUCUGGACGCCGAGUGAGGGGCGGGGGGUCCGGGGGCGCGCGGCCCGAGACCCCCCCGGCCGCCUCCUCUUCCCCUGUUCCUGUGGCUGGGGGGGUGUCCCCUCUCUCCGCAGCAUGGAGCCGUCCGCUCUGUCGCCCAGCGGGCCAGCCCUGCCCCUGCCCCUGUCACUGGCUCCACCCCCGCUGCCCCUGCCGGCGGCGGCGGUGGUCCACGUGUCCUUCCCCGAGGUGACCAGUGCCCUCCUGGAGUCUCUCAAUCAGCAGCGGCUGCAGGGCCAGCUCUGCGAUGUGUCCAUCCGGGUGCAAGGCCGGGAGUUCCGCGCGCAUCGGGCUGUCCUGGCCGCCUCGUCUCCUUACUUCCACGACCAGGUCCUGCUCAAGGGCAUGACCUCCAUCUCGCUGCCCAGCGUCAUGGACCCAGGCGCCUUCGAGACCGUCCUGGCCUCCGCUUACACCGGCCGCCUCAGCAUGGCUGCGGCCGACAUCGUCAACUUCCUCACCGUGGGCUCCGUGCUCCAGAUGUGGCACAUCGUGGACAAGUGCACCGAACUCCUCCGGGAGGGUCGCGCCUCGGCCACCGCCACCAUCGCCAGCGCUGCGGCCCCCGCCGCCG